AUGCUGAAUAGUGCAACUAACCUCAUAAUCAGCUAUGGAGAACAUCGUCUCCAAAAAGUUAAGGUUUUCAAUUAUGAUAAGAAGAAUGAAAAAACCGUAAUUUAUCUUCAUGGAGGUGGAUGGAGAGACCCAAACAAUACAUUUGAUGAUUUCCAAGAACUUGUACAAGCACAAUUGAAUCUUGGCAUCGGGCAAAGUUGCAAUUUCUUUAGCAUAAACUAUCGUUUAUCUCCUGAAGUGAAGCACCCAAUGCAUUUGAUUGAUGUUUUGUCAGCAUUAAAAAAAAUAGAAGAAGUGUACAAGGUUGAACGGACUCUGAUUGUGGGACAUUCCAUAGGUGCUACUCUUAUGCUUCAAUUGCUUAAUAGCAAAGAAAUUAUCCAAAGGGGGUUACUGUAUUUGCAGGAACUGAACCAGGAGGAAGUUAAAAGUGUUGGUAUUAAGUUCGAUCAUUUGGUAUUUCUUGAUGGAAUUUACGACGUGGUUAGCUUAUUAAAGGAAUAUCCUUCCUAUUCGGUAUUUGUUAAUGAAGCAUUCGUUUCCAAGCUUGCUAUCGCAGACGCCACCCAGAUUUCUAUAGCCAAGAACCUACCAUUUGAGUUUGUCCAUGAUAAAACACAAUUUAUUGUCAUUCAAUCAUUACAAGACGAACUCUUAUCUUGUAGACAAACACAGUUGUUUGUUGAUUAUCUUACUGCAAGAGGUCAGCCAGUUACGGUAAGAUUUGAAAAUUUUGGAGAACAUGAACAAGUAUAUAGAAAAGGAUUAACAGAAGAGCUUAAUAACCUUUUAAGUUUAGCUUAG